AUGGAGUCCUGUUCCUUCCAAGCAUCGCCUAAUUCAGCGAUACAUGCACGCAUAACCCGUCCUGCUAAGAAAGGAUCCAAGCCGCUACUGGUAUUUUUGCACUACUGGGGUGGCAGCUCGCAAACAUGGCACAAACUCACAGACUUGGAAUCUUCGAUUUCGCUGAGUGCGCUUUAUCCAACGAUCGCAAUCGACCUACGAGGCUGGGGUCAAUCGACCGGGCCAGAAGAUGGUAAUAAACAAGCCUAUUCCAUCACCGAAACUGCUAGCGAUGUCGCCACUAUCCUGAAGCGUCUUAGCGAAGACAAAAAUAAACAAGACCUUCUCGACCAUGGUCUCCUUCUCGUGGGCCACUCAAUGGGCGCAAAGGUUGCACUUGCAACGAUUGGGUUAUCGUCUAAGGAUUUCCAGGAGUUACUUCGAGGACUUGUUCUUGUCGGACCAGCACCUCCAACUGCCCUGAAUCUACCCCCUGACAUGAAAGCUCAACAAAUGCUUGCAUACGAAACUGAGGACAGUGUCCGCUGGACGGUGAGAAAUGUUCUCGCAAAUCCUGAGAAGCUCUCGGAGUCUGAUAUUGAUCUGGUGGUCCGCGACAGCCUCGUGGGUAAUCGGUUCGCGAAGAGCGCCUGGCCUUCAUAUGGUAUGCAGGAGGAUAUCUCGCCGGCUGCCCGGAAAGCUCUAGGUUCUCUGCGUGGUCUGCGAGCUAGUGUGCUUUUGGGAGAGCUUGAUGUUGUCGAGACAAAAGAGAGGGUUGAGGCAGAAGUUGUUCAUUUCCUACGCCAAAGUGGAGUUGAGGUAUCGCUGACCAUUGUGGAGGGAAUUAAGCACUUGGUACCGUUGGAAGAUCCUGAGUCGAUCUACAAGGAGAUUUGUCGUUACUGGUGA